ACAUUCAAGGAUAAUAAUCCCACGAGAAGGAAAUCGAAGAAAAAAAUGGGAAAGUGAUGAAGAAAUUAAACUACCGGAAAUUCAAGGUUAUACGGCAACGUUCGGAAGAAGGACCACCAAUGAAUCAAAUCACAAGAGAGCAGUUAUAUCUGGGAACAUAAAAAAACUUAAAACGAUAACAUCAAAAAACGCCAACGAUAAAUGGCAAGGACCAGGAUUGAAAUGCUGGUGCUAUGGAAAAGAAGACACUAAACAUAAACUAUACGGAGGAUUUGAACCAGAAACACCCACCACGAAUAUUAGAUAUUAUAGCGAAAAGGAUAGAAAAACCCCAGUAGAGAUGACGGACUCUAGCCAGCGAGGCAGCCUUAAUAGCACCGAUCAGAAUGUGCUGGAAAUACUAAAAGGAAUGUACGUAUUUACAAUUAAACCUGGGAAUAAGAUAGCACAGGGAAUAUACUUACAACUAGUGAAGAUUGGAGAGCUCCUCCCAGUCAGCUCCCAAGUAUUGUUAGAGGAAAAUGCGGCUCUUUUUACAGAAGGAAUGGAAGGUCUCGGAAGGGCGAACACAAAAAUAUCUAGAGGAUGCGUAAAGAUUAUUGGAAUUGUGAGAAGUGUAGUUAUAGUGAAAAGUAGAGAAUGGGUUUUGUUGGAAGAGACCGCUAGUGAGUCAACGACUCUAUCGCGCAUUCCCAAUGGAACAUGA